AUACAGCACAGAAAGAGAAUGAACACACGAACCCCCGCGAGAAUGUGUGUGUGUGUGUGAUGGAAUAGAGAAGGCGCAUGUGUGAUGAGUGUGUAUGUAUAUGUAGACACUGCCCACCGCUGUCGCGCUCCCCCCACCUUGCAUGUCUACCGCCGGACGGAGUCGCACCAGGGUUCGUGCCACUGCAGGGGAAAAACCCGGCAAGAAUGGAUUUCUAACAACGUUUCUCCUUUCUUUCCUUUACCCAACUGACGUCAUCCUCAAUGUCUCUCACAAAUUUGAACUAACAAAAUGAGGAUUUCUUGUAAUCAGCUUUUACUGCUAUUCUCUUGCGUUUGGGGACUUACUAUGGGUGCUUUUCCGAGCAGCGUUCAAAUCGGCGGGCUGUUCAUCAGGAACACAGAUCAGGAGUACACUGCCUUUCGGUUGGCCAUUUUUCUUCACAACACAAGCCCUAAUGCAUCUGAGGCCCCCUUUAACCUGGUACCCCACGUGGACAACAUUGAGACUGCCAACAGCUUCGCUGUGACCAAUGCCUUCUGUUCGCAGUACUCGCGGGGCGUUUUCGCCAUUUUUGGCCUGUACGACAAGAGGUCGGUUCACACGCUAACGUCCUUCUGCGGCGCGCUGCACAUCUCCCUCAUCACGCCCAGUUUCCCCACCGAGGGCGAGAGUCAGUUCGUCUUACAGCUGCGGCCCUCCAUACGAGGGGCCCUUCUCAGCCUGCUAGACCACUACGACUGGAAUCGAUUCGUCUUUCUCUACGAUACCGACAGGGGGUAUUCGAUACUGCAGGCUAUCAUGGAAAAGGCAGGCCAGAUUGGUUGGCAGGUCAGCGCCAUAUGUGUCGAGAACUUUAAUGAUGCCAGUUACCGGCAGCUUCUCGAAGACCUGGACCGCAGGCAGGAAAAGACGUUUGUUAUAGACCUGGAGGCAGAGAGACUGAACAACAUGCUGGAACAGAUUGUGAGUGUCGGCAAGCAUGUCAAAGGCUACCAUUACAUCAUGGCAAAUUUGGGUUUUAAGGACAUCAAUCUGGAGCGUUUCAUGCAUGGGGGAGCCAAUGUGACAGGCUUUCAGCUGGUGGACUUCAGCAAUCCCAUGGUUAUUAAACUCAUGCAGCGAUGGAACAAGCUGGACCAGCGCGAGUAUCCCGGCUCUGACGCUCCUCCCAAGUACACUUCCGCUCUGACAUAUGACGGAGUGAUGGUGAUGGCAGAAGCCUUCAGGAACCUCCGCAGACAGAAGGUGGACAUCUCCCGCAGGGGCAACGCCGGAGACUGCCUGGCCAACCCCGCUGCCCCCUGGAACCAGGGCAUCGACAUGGAGCGCACACUCAAGCAGGUGCGCCUCCAAGGAUUAACAGGAAAUGUCCAGUUCGACCACUACGGGCGCAGAGUCAACUACACUAUGGAUGUUUUCGAAUUAAAAAGUAACGGCCCCAGAAGGAUUGGAUACUGGAAUGAUGCUGAUAAGUUGGUUCUGACCCAGGAUCAAGCCUUGCUUCCCAAUGAAACGUCUGGCAUGGAGAACAGAACCGUGAUUGUAACGACUAUCAUGGAAGGGCCUUAUGUAAUGCUGAAGAAGAACUGGGAGAUGUACGAGGGGAACGAGCAAUAUGAGGGAUACUGCGUGGAUCUGGCAUAUGAAAUUGCUAAACACAUUGGUUUCAAGUAUAAGAUCUCCAUCGUGCCUGAUGGAAAGUAUGGAGCUCGGGACCCAGAGACAAAGAUCUGGAACGGGAUGGUUGGGGAGCUGGUGUACGGGGAAGGGCCUUAUGUAAUGCUGAAGAAGAACUGGGAGAUGUACGAGGGGAACGAGCAAUAUGAGGGAUACUGCGUGGAUCUGGCAUAUGAAAUUGCUAAACACAUUGGUUUCAAGUAUAAGAUCUCCAUCGUGCCUGAUGGAAAGUAUGGAGCUCGGGACCCAGAGACAAAGAUCUGGAACGGGAUGGUUGGGGAGCUGGUGUACGGGGGCACUGACGGUCUGCCUAGCGACCAGCCCCCCAAUGAGUUCGGGAUCUUCAACAGUCUCUGGUUCUCCCUCGGAGCCUUCAUGCAGCAGGGUUGCGACAUCUCACCCAGGUCUCUAUCUGGACGCAUCGUGGGUGGAGUGUGGUGGUUUUUCACCCUCAUCAUCAUCUCCUCCUACACAGCCAAUCUGGCUGCUUUCCUCACUGUGGAGAGGAUGGUGUCGCCCAUUGAGAGUGCUGAGGACCUGGCCAAGCAGACAGACAUAGCGUAUGGUACUCUUGACUCAGGCUCCACCAAAGAGUUCUUCAGGAGGUCAAAGAUCGCCGUUUAUGAGAAAAUGUGGAGCUACAUGAAGUCUGCCGAGCCCACGGUGUUCACUAAGACCACGGCAGAGGGAGUGGCACGAGUGAGAAAGUCCAAAGGGAAGUACGCCUUCCUGCUGGAGUCCACAAUGAACGAGUACACGGAGCAGCGCAAACCCUGCGACACCAUGAAAGUGGGAGGAAACCUGGACUCCAAAGGCUACGGGGUGGCGACGCCUAAGGGCUCACAGUUAAGAACCCCCGUAAACCUUGCCGUUUUGAAACUGAGUGAAUCAGGCGUCUUAGACAAGCUGAAAAACAAAUGGUGGUACGAUAAGGGCGAGUGUGGACCCAAGGACUCGGGAAGUAAGGACAAGAGCUCACAGGCCCUCAGCCUCAGUAAUGUGGCUGGGGUCUUCUACAUUCUGGUCGGGGGCCUGGGCCUGGCCAUGCUGGUGGCCCUCAUCGAGUUCUGCUACAGGUCCCGAAACGAGGCCAAGAGAAUGAAGCUCACCUUCACCGAAGCCAUGCGGAACAAGGCGCGCCUGUCCAUCACGGGGAGCGUGGGCGAGAACGGGCGCGUCCUGACUCCCGACUGCCCGAAGGCUGUCCACUCCGGCUCCUCGCUGCGGCAGAGCUCCGGACUGGCUCUGGUGUCAUCCGACUUACCGUGAAAACCAAAAACGUUCAAGUGCCUUAAACUCCGCAAGACCGCAAAACAGACAUCAGAAAACCGACCCUACAGCAAUGACGCCACCAAGCUGAGCGAUCGCGCCGACAAGGUAGAUUUUGAAAGGGAGCCGAGGCCCCUGACGGCUUUACGCACCGGGGUGCCACCGCAAGAUACUGUGCGGUGGUUAUUGCACAGACUUCUGUGUUUCCAUCAUGUACAUUCAAAGAACUCGUGCUGCCUUUGAGGGCGAAGCGGGUGGGAAGAAA